GCAACAACCAUCUGCAUCGCCACCCUCACGGACUCCUGUUGCUGCACGCUUCUUUCCACGGCAACCGCGCCAACUGCCCCGUGCACCAAUGCAGUCAUUGCAGGAUGAGCUCAGUGAUGUGGUUCAGACACUGGAACAGAUGGCUGCAUAUGUCCAACAGGUUUGGCAGAGGAUUGACGAGGACCCAACGUGGGCAAAAGCUUUGUCUGGUGCUCUGCGAUACUUUCGGUCACCGUCAGCUGUGGGCAACACCAAGGACGGCACUUUUAUCGGUGCGGCGUUUGGGCAGGACCUCUGUAGAUGGCCUGAUUUAGCCAUGCUGCGUCAGACUGCCCGUGGUGAUGUGUGGGAUGCGGGUCCUACUGCGUCCGCGUUCCUGAAGUUCACCGAGGCACAGAGAGCUAAGAUGAGGGCAUUGAACAACUUGCUCCAUGACAUCAAUGGUGGAGGACUACCUUCCAUCACAGAAGGGAGUGGCGCAGGGAGCAACGAGUUUCCUCCGAAGAUGACACCUGUAGGACCCACCUCCAUAGGAGGGCAGAUGAAGGCUCUGGGAUGCCCUUCCCCUCCUAGUUCCUUUGGUGCUCUUCAGGACAAUGAAGCUGAGAGCUCACUCGUGGUGCAACAUUACUCGCACGAUGAUCAGGACCUGGAGGCAGUGUAUGUCGUCACAGCUGGCGAUACUUUUGACAAUGUUGAUGACUUGAAAGCAGCCUUGAGGCAAUCUGCCAUAACUUUCAAGUUUGAGUUUUCCAUCACAACGUUUUCUGCAACACAGUACAGUGUCCGUUGUUGUAAUAGGAAGUGUCGAUGGCAGCUGAACGCGACCGUCUGCCGCGUAUCGGGACGUUGCAAUGUGAUAGAGGCCACUGCUCAUGCCUGUUCUGGGACCCAUGGCCAUUCAAGUGGACGUCCACAAAUACAGCAGCAGGUAGCCAAAGUACGGGGUUCACCGCCGCCAGGUAAACGAGGUUACACUGGCAAGGAUUUAGCUCAUGAUGAGGGUGCCUGCUGCAUCUUGAACAGAACAGCGCUGCGGGCUCCUGACCCAGUGUUUGCAUGUCAGGUCCACCACAUGCGCGGGCCAGCAGAGCAGGGUUAUGCAGAUCUGCGAGUAUAUUGUCGCAUGUUGAGAGAGCAUAAUCCUGGCACUAUUGCUUCUGUGGAGUGUACUCCGGGCAGCAACGUGUUCCUUAGAUUCUUUUUUGCAUUUGGAGCAUGCCUGACUGGCUUUCGACACUGUCGCCCUGUCAUUGCUUUGGAUGGCGCUCACCUCUCUGGGGCGUACCCUGGUGUGCUCCUGGGCGCAACGGGUGUGGACGGAAUGGGUCGUCUUUUCCCAGUUGCAUACGCCAUUGCACCGUGUGAGAACCAGGACCACUGGACAUGGUUUUUGCAGUCUUUGCGUGAGGCAUUGCAGGGAGUUGACGACAAGGACAGGACGAUGACAUUCCUGUCAGACUACCAGAACGGCAUUGCGGAGGCGGUGGCAACAGUCUAUGCUGAUGGCUCCCACAGAUACCGUAUGCGGCAUCUCAUCAAACACCUAAAGUGUCGCUUCAAGCUGGAGGGGCUUUCCAGUUUGAUGAUGGAUGCAGCACGAGUACCCUUAGAAAGCAGUUUUCAAUCUGUUAUGUGGAAAAUCAGGUCUCUUGACCCGGCGAUCGUGCCUUGUCUGAUGGAGCUGGCACCUCCUUGCCAUUGGGCUGCAGCACACUUCAAAGGUGCACGGUACGACCUUCUCACCUCAGAUGUUGCCGAGUCAGCGAACAAUGCCUUCCUUGUAGCUCCCUGCCAAACACCCAUUCCAUUGUGUCACACCGUUUGCUGGAUUGUGAGUGGGUGGAUUCACAAGCGCAGGAAGGAGGCCCGCAAUCUGAGAGGGCGCACCACGCCAUGGUUGUCCCAGCAAUUGCGGGAGACAAAGGAGCUCGCCCGCGCAUGGACGUCAGUGCCAAUUUAUGGGUCGUCUGUCUUUGAGGUGAGGCUCCGGUUUGGUAUCGGUGGGUAUGUGGUAGACCUGGAUAACCGGACGUGCUGGUGUGGCGAAUGGCAGGCUCGAGGAUGGCCCUGCAUGCAUGCUGCAUGCACGCUGGUGUCAUGCAAGGAGCGACUCGAGGAUUGGUGUGACCCUUACCUGUCUGUUGAGCGGUUGAGGUUCUCAUAUGAGGGUGCUAUCCUGCCAGUUCCAGCUGCAGAAAAAUGGAUACCCCUUCUUGAUGAGACCAAGGUGAUGCCCCCUCCACGAAGGAGUCUGAAUACUGCGAGGCAGCCUGGUUUACAGCCACCUCAGCCAAAGAAUCCUGCAGGCCAUCAGCCCAGAGGGCAGGUGGAGCGGCAGGUACGCACACACCGAUGUAGCUGCUGCAGAAAGGUUGGCCACAACAAGAAAACGUGCGCACAGCUCCCCUCCUGCCGUCGCACAAAGCCCGUGAGCACAGCGAACGCAGUACCUCCCGGCGCUGCAGUUGCCACGCCCAUCGAUGCUGGACGGGUCGCAGGAACAGGGAUGGUGCCAUGACUGCUUCCCAGGCUUGCUACCUGGUCAAUUUGUCUCAGCGGAUGGAAGAUGCGGGGUGACAGCUAUACAUGACUUGCUACAUCCUUAUUCACUCAUCAAGUAACACAAAUAUUUUAUUCAAGGUAAUGGCGCUCAUCACUGCGUGCUGGUAGUGCUUCUGUUUUAACAGCCAUUUGGUUAAAACUGUUAUGAUCCUGGCCAAUUUCAGAGUCAAUAUUCAUGAGAAAGUGCAAUGCCAUCCCAUUUCAAAAAGAAAUGAAUGAACUUGAGAAGA